ACAAGGCUAUACUGUAUACUUUCAUGAUCGAAACGACAUGUGCAUGCAUGGCUGUAACAUCCCUAUUAACAGAAUUCCGAAAUGGAAACUUAGCCUACAGGGAAUGGUUGCCGUACAACUACUCCUCUGAUAUAUUAUUUUACGUUACAUACUUUCAUCAAUUAAUAAGUUUGACGGCUGCAUCUAUUGUAAAUGUCGCCUGCGAUAAUAUAAUCUGCGGAUUAUUGCUGCAUAUUUGUUGCCAAAUUGAAAUCUUGGAGUGUCGGCUGAAGAAAUCUUUACAUAAUCAAAGCGAUUUUGGCGAAUCCGUGCAUGUACAUAAUCACAUUUACAAGUUCGCAUGUGCAAUGAAUGAAAAAUUCAGGUUUAUCAUUGCCGUUCAGUUCAUAGUGAGCACAUUAGUGGUGUGCUCCAGUCUUUAUCGACUGGCAAAGACAGAGUUAAGCGCGCAAUAUAUUCCACUAGCGUUAUAUACAAUCUGCAUGCUGAUACAAAUCCUCAUUUAUUGUUGGUACGGGAACGAAGUGAAACUAAAGAGCAUUCAACUUGCUGAUCAAAUCUUCGACAUGAACUGGUUGGUAUUAGAUAAAAAAAUGAAAGAAAAUCUUAUAAUGAUUAUGAACCGUUCUUUAAUGCCUAUCGAGUUUUCCAGUGCACAUAUUCUUACAUUGAAUCUCGAAUCUUUUGGAAAGCUCCUUAAGGCAUCAUAUUCAAUAUAUAACGUCCUUCAACUUAUGUAAGACGAAAUUGUGUAUUAAUCUUAUGAAUAAGAUUCAACAUAAAGAUAAUAGUCAAGUUCAAAUUAAAAGUAAUGUAUUUAUUGAAAAUCCAUUAGUGCAUGAGCUAAUUAUCGUAAUGAAUGACCAAUGUAUCGGAUGAAAAAAUACGAUACUUUUAAGA